GGGAUUGGGCCAAAAAUCUAUAUCAGUCACGUGACCUGUGUGAUGUUUCCCAGGAUGCCUUGGGGACACCCAGUUCAGCUUCAGAUUGCAUCAGUCUGUGGGCCGCAGGGGCUCCGGGUUUGUAGAGGAGAAUGCCUACAGCAGAGAUGCACCUGUCACACUACUGGUGAACCCUCUGUCUGGCCCAAUCCCAAAUCAUAUUUAUGAAGAUCUGAUUGGAUUUGACAGGUGUAAGCAAUAGGGUAAUAGUUGCCCUCUGAUAGGCUAGGUGAAAGUUUCACUAUAUUGCUUAUAUCAACCAAGUCCUCUCACAUCUCCACAAGUGCAUAGGGUGUAGGGUUUAGUCUUAGCGGUCGAUUUGUGAUUGGGCGUCUCAUCGGUCCUUUGCUGUGGUCUGACUGAACAACUGGUCCAGGCGAGCGCUGGCCCAUUUCUAUGGCUGUCUACUUCAGACAAGUCGAGGACGCCGCCGUCAAAAGAGCCUACUUUCAGAAGUCUCUUGUACUGGUGUCCAGACUACCGUGUACCCACCUCUUUCAGUCCUUGCUGCAGAUCAUAGCUCCAGAGUAUUUUGAGAAGUUGGAACCUUGCCUUGAAGCAGUGUGCAACGAGAUUGACCAAUGGCAAUCUCCGGUGCCAGGGCUGACACUCAACCUACCUGUGAUGGGCGUGGUCAUGCAGGAUCUUCUACCAGCCCCUAUGAUGCUAUCGACCAUACAUGAGCUUGACCUCUUAAAGUGUUUCCAGUCCUUCCUGAUCCACCUGCAGAUCCUCUGGGAGAUCAUGCUGAUCGGGGAGCCCUCUCCCACUGUCUCCUCGGAAACCGUGCUGGCCCUAGCGAGCUCGAUUGCUCCACUGCAGUAUUGCUGUGAUUACAGGCCCUACUUCACCAUACACGACACUGAGUUUAAGGAGUAUACCACUACGACACAGGCACCUCCCUAUGUGAUUCUGGGGGUCACUAAUCCCUUCUUCAUAAAGACCUUCCAGUCCUGGCCCCACAUUAUACACCUUGGAGAACUCAAGAUGUCAGGUGACCUGCCUGUGAAGGUGAAGAAACUAGCCAAGCUGAAAACACUGGACACUAAGUCAGAUCCGUUUCCUUCAGUCAGGAGGAGUUCAUGGGGACUGUGGAGCACGCUGGACCUCGGCUCACCUCUGUGCACAAAGGGGAUUAGGAAAUUCUUCAGGUCCCCCAACUUCGAUGGCUGGUAUCGCCUGCGACACGGAGAUGGCCCAGAAACCAGAAUGUCUCCACCUAGAGGUCGUCUGUGAUGCUAUGAAGGCUGGAAAGCAGCAGCUCCCAGUGAAGGAAGGGGUGCUGGAGAACCUAGAGGGAUACCCCCAGACUAUCAUCAACUCUGUACCAUAGGACAUGCUGACUGUACUACACAGAUACUGACACACUGCUGAAUAGAUACAGAAACUGAUGCUGAAGUGUUUUUUUGUCUUUUAAAAACAACCUGAAUUUAAAGUAUUGCCAUCAGCCAAAACACUACACCCUCUGAGUAAUAUCAUGUGCAAACUAGAAGUUUAGGUGAUAUUAGAAACAUGGCUAUGGUUCAUCAUGACAAUAAUAUUAGAUCAAGGGGAAUAGAGAGUAGUUGAAAUGUAGACUUUAUGAGAUUAUGCCUUCACUAAGUAUCCUGAUUGUUACUAAUGGGAUUGAAGCAUAUACCUGUGGAGAGGGACAUGUUUGAGUAUUUAACAUCCAUAGUUGUCAGUGUAAAAUAUAACUAUCAUAUGAGCCUACUUUUUUUAUUUUGAUGAGUUUAAAACUCCUGUCAUUAAACCCAUAAAAGGGGUGAAUUACAUUUAAGUAACUACA